AUGCGCGCAGCCUCAAUCAACGACGGUGCCAAGUCAGAAUCUCAAUUUGCAUACCAUACCUCGACGACGCAGGAGAUCUCGCAGCCCUCCAAUGUCACCCGUCACAUACAUGGCUCUUGGACUGCUGUUCCGAUGAGUGAUUCUACAUCUGUGUUGAACGACGAAGAACAGAUCUCCAUAUCCCCACAGAUUUCAAAUUGGGAACAUUUCGGACCCACUUCUUGGAUAACCAUUUGUUCACAACCUGGAUUAAGGUGGGUAGCAGAGCGGACAGGGACUGAUGAUCUUGCGCACAGCGCCAAGGGGCUUCUGUUAAGUUGGUCUCAGCGCUUGAAGUUCAACUGGACCAAAGACCGCACCAUAGCUCCGGAGCCCGAUUAUCAUACGGCCCUGGCAUAUACAAAUGCUUACUUUGAGGAUUCUUUUGAAGCAUACUACGGAGCAGUCUACCGUCCUGAAUUUGAAACACGCCUUACUCAGCAUUUUCGAGAGGCCACCUUGGACGAUGAUCCGUCCUGGUAUGCGCUGAGGAACAUUGUCUAUGCAACUGGAUGUCGAACCUUAUUGUCGAAGCAGGGAAUCAUAUCAUGGCAAGAGAUUCAACAUCGUUCCUGGCCUUUCUUUGAGAACGCCCUUUCUGUCUAUGUCGAGUUGCUUUUCACGCCUACCGGACUUAUGGCUAUUAGGGCAUUAGUGGCUAUGAAUCUGCAUCUUGAAGGCGCCGGAAAUCCAGCUCUCGAAUCAAUGAUGUGCGCAAGUGCUGUGAGAUUGGCACAAUCAAAAGGCUUACACCGCCAGCCAGCCAGUAACUGGAAUCUACCUCGGAACGAGAUUUUACAUCGAAAUUGGUUGUUUUGGGCCAUCUAUGCUUUGGAAAAUCAAUUCAGUCAUCGUUCAGGACGUCCGUCCGUGGGUUUUCCGCUUUCCCGGCAGGAACUCGAUUCAUAUGCUGACGAACAACUUUCCCAGAUCAUCGAUGAUGCUAACAUUAGUUGUCAAAUUCCUUCGAGUAUUCCCCCAGGUAGUACGAUUGAUCUCGAGUUCUUGACCGCAAUGAUAGCGCAUGCACAAAUCUCAGCUCGAAUCUGCAAAAAGUUAUUAACAGUUUCCGCCUUUCGACAGCCACCAGCGGAUAUCAUCGAAGUAAUGGACCAGCUGAUCUACCAACUGGAGCAUUGGAAGGAUUCCCUGCCGACUGCCCUCAGCGAUGAUCUCCCGGGCACGGUUGUACAACUCUCAAAUACACGGAGAUUAAACAAGAUUCUAUACCUCAAGUUUGCUUAUUAUGGCAGUCUUACGGCUAUCCAUACAAUCUUCUUCUUCCCAUGGAUAUCGGCUAUAUGCGAUAUUGAUCCUCACAACAAAACUCAUAGCGAGCAAAUUGCAAAUUCCACACGGAUCGUGGCAGACACUGCGCGAAGCAUUAUCCGUGCCACGAGAUCGAUGCAGGUCAAUGCAACGUCCCCACAAUGGCUCGUAUUUUACUACCCCAUGGUUGGUUUGAUCAAUCUUUUUUUACACAUCCUGAAACAGCCUUCUCUAGCAUCUGCAUCUUCCGAUGUUGCCAUUCUGGACAUCGCUGUGGGUCAUUUUGGCCACCUUGAAAUUCUCUCCUCCUCAGAACUCAGUUACCCGUUUGCAAGGGAGGUUGCAGGCUUGGCUCACAUGACAGUCAAGCGCCACAAGAAAGCCAAUGCAGACCCUGCCAUAUUGAGCACUCCGACCCCUGAAAGUCCACAAGCGCCACAAUUCGAUGCCGGAAAUGUCGACUUUGAGACGUGCAACUUUGGGUUUGACGCUCUAGUGUCGGACAGUUUCAGUAUCUUCGGUACGGACGAUAUACCAGUCGAGGGUGACAUGAUAUACUUUCCACCUUAA